AUGGCAACUGGAUGGUGGGAUCAUGCCAUUGUUACGCACAUUCUUGUGGCUCUGUUUGGAAUGGGCUCGUGGAUCUCGGUGAACUCAUUAUGGGUUGAGCUGCCGGUUGUUGUUGGUGUUCUACCUGAAGGGUGGAACCUGCCAGCAUAUCUGUCGGUGCUGAUUGCCUUUGGAAAUUUGGGCCCAGUUGCUGUCACCCUAACCCACCACUUUGCUCCAGGACGGUUAAAUGAACAAGUGCUCAUCCACAUCAUACAAGUUCUGGCUGUGAUUGCAUCUGUAUGUCUUGCUCUCUUCUGGUCCCAGGAGGUCACAGUCGCAGGAGAGCAGAGAUCCGUCCCAUACCUGCUGCUAACAUUCAUACUCUCAUUUGUUUGCUGCACAUCCACCGUGACCUUCCUACCGUUCAUGUACCGUUACCCCCCGGAAUACAUCCGGACUUUCUUCAUCGGCCAGGGUCUAAGUGCGCUUUUUCCCUGUGUGGUGGCUUUGGGGCAAGGCAUAGGAAAACUGGAGUGUGUUGAGACGCCGAACGGCACGAAGCCCGUGCAUUUUGAGGAGAACUUCCCUGCCCAAAACUUUUUCUGGUUUUUGUCUGUAAUGCUAGCUGUUUCUGCCUUGUGUUUCCUAGCUCUGAGAUACCGAGUGGUCACCCAAGCUGAGACAAAAGAAGUUCGUAAAAAAGAGCUGGAAACAUUUAAAACAGAGGAAGAGACACACCCGUUACGAAAUGGAGAUACACCAGUUUCAGAGGAACAGGUGGAGGUUGAAAAAAACACCUCUUCUGUUUCUUUCUGGACGUCACACAAUAUCUUUCUCCUCUUGCUGCUGGGAAUAUCCAACGCCUUGACCAAUGGCGUGUUGCCAUCAGUGCAAAGUUUUACUUGUUUGCCUUAUGGCACCAUGACCUUUCACCUGUCCGUUGUCUUGGGAAACAUUGCAAACCCUGUGGCCUGCUUUGUAGCCAUGUUUGUCCUGCUUAGGGUGGAGGAGAAUGAAAAGGAGGAUGAGGAAGAAGAGGAGGAGGAGGAGGAGAAGGACACAGAGGAAGACAAAGAGCAAUAG